GCUGCCCCCGCCCACCAAUCCCAGCGCGCGAUCGCUCCCGGAUUUGCAUAACCACGCCCUUCGCUUUGCCCCUUUCCCCGCCGGCUGCGGCCGCGUCCGGACGCUGUUUGCUCCCGGUUCCGUCCCAGUGCUCCCAGUCAGAGCGGUGCCGGGAGGGAAAGCGCUCCCGGUUCCGUCCCAGUGCUCCCAGUCAGAGCGGUGCCGGGAGGGAAAGCGCUCCCGGUUCCCUCCCAGUGCUGCACGGGCCGGCGCCGCUUUGGAACCCGCCCCGGGCAGAGCGCGGCUGCUUUUGGGUGUCGGCACCUGCCCGGGCCGGGCUGGGAGCGGAGGAGGAGCGGGAGGAAGAGGAGGGACGGAAGAGGAGGAGGAGGAGGAGCUGGAGGAGGAAGAGCAGCAGCACGUGGAGAAUCUCGCUGUUCCCCCGCCCGCUCCGGCCGCAGCUGCCCCGGCUCCCGCUGCAUCGCCCUCCUCGGGACCCGCAGGAUUUCCAAUUCCCAAACCUUGGCCCAAUUGAGAAGGAGGAGGCUGCGAGGAGGAGGAAGAUGGCCCAGGAGCCCCAGACAAGGAGCUGAGGAUGGAGACCAGGGAGGACAAAUCCCCACAGCAGAACCUCGUGGAAGAGGCUGUUUUGGGCGGCUCCAUGGCACAGGACUCCAACGAGGAGGAAAAGCCCCAGAGAUCUCGCACAAGGAGGGGCUGCAAAAACAGAUCACGGGGAUCUGAGGAGGAAAGACCCACCCUGGGCCAGGGAGGUGGCCAGAGCUCAGUGCUGGGGGUCCAUGAGAAGGUUCACGGUAAGGAGAAGCCCAAGUGCUCGGAAUGUGGGAAGAGCUUCAGGUGGAGAUCUGAACUGAUCAUGCACUGGAGAAUCCACACAGGGGAACGGCCCUAUGAGUGUGGGGAGUGUGGGAAGAGCUUCAUCGUGAAGUCUGAACUGACCAGACACAAGAGGACCCACACAGGAGAACGGCCCUAUGAGUGUCCUGAGUGUGGGAAGAGCUUCUGUGAGCGUGCCAGACUGGUCAUACACCAGAGGAGCCACACGGGGGAGAAGCCCUACAAGUGUGGGGAGUGUGGGAAGAGCUUCAGGACAAGCUCUGAAGUGACCAGACACAAGAAGAUUCACACAGGAGAACGGCCCUACAAGUGUCCUGAGUGUGGGAAGAGCUUCUACGAGCGUGCUGACCUGGUCAUACACCAGAGGAGCCACACUGGGGAGAGGCCCUACAAGUGUGGGAAUUGUGGGAAGAGCUUCAGUACGAGCUCCAGCCUGAUCUGCCACAUGGUAAUCCACUCGGGGGAGAGGCCCUAUGAGUGUGGGCAGUGUGGGAAGAGCUUCAGGAGGAGCUACGAACUGACCAGACACCAGAGGAGCAGCACAGGGAAACAGCCCUACAAAUGUCCCGAGUGUGGGAAGAGCUUCUGUGAGCGUGCUGACCUGAUCAGACAUCAGAGGACCCACAUGGGGGAAGGGCCCUAUGAGUGUCCUGAGUGUGGGAAGAGCUUCUGCAAGCAUGCUGACCUGAUCAGACACCAGAGGACCCACAUGGGGGAGAGGCCCUAUGAGUGUGAUAAAUGCAGGAAGAGGUUUAUGAAGAGCACCAUUCUCCUCAGGCAUCAGCGCAUUCACUCAGAUGAGAGGCCCUUCCGCUGCCCCGACUGCGGGAAGGGCUUCAAGCGCAGCUGCACCCUCACCAGGCACCGGAGGAGCCACACUGGAGAAAGGCCCUACGAGUGUGAUAAAUGCAGGAAGAGGUUUCUGACAAGCUCCAAUCUCCUCUUGCACCAACGGAUUCACACGGAUGAGAGGCCCUUCCGCUGCCCUGAUUGUGGGAAGAGCUUCCAGCGCAGCUGCACCCUCCUCAAGCACCGGCGCAUCCACACUGGGGAGAGGCCCUACAAGUGUCUUGAGUGUGGGAAGAGCUUCUCACAGAGUGGUAACUUGACCAGACACCAACAGAGUCACCAGUAA